CUGAGGAUCAUCCUUCAAAUGGAGGCUUCAUCGAUAGGAGGGAGCUACAUCCAGCUCCUCAAAUGUUGAGGAGCCGCUCAGACGAUGAUCGCUGUAGUGUGUCCUCCUCAUCUUCGAGUAGAACGAAUAUUGUUCUAGUAGGAAGUGCUGCCUCCGGCGCACUGCCCUCCGAAUUACAGCACAAAGCUUUCCCACUACAUCGGAAGCACACCCCUUCUUCCCCUGCAGGGGAGAACCAGGUGCAGCAGGAUGCAACAGAAUCUGGUGUGGACUGGACGGGACGAACUUUAUCUGGAGAAAAUAUAGCCACCUCGAAUCCAGCAACACCAAGCACUCCUGGGGGUGUGGCUGCUACACACACUGCUGAACAAAAUGGGCUAAAACUUACAAAUACCUCGGCGCCAUCAACGACCACUGUUCUGGGCGACUCAACAACGUCGAUGCAGAUUACUAUAGCUGAUCCCGCAUGCAAUUUCCCCUUGUCGCAGCUGCAACAGCAAGCGUGGUCGUCCACUUCUCCCACUUUAGUUGUAAGCGUAGAUCAAUAUAACCAGCUGCACUGUUUCACACCCGCUGCGCGAGCAAGGAGCGCCGGUGCGGCUGCAGUAUCGGCGAUCGGUCGCGCGCGUUCCGUGUCCGCAAUCGAUUGCUUGCGCUACAAAGGAUCGCACUUGCGGCGAUUAACACAUACAAACACUCAACACAAUAAGGCGGCAGGCGGCGAAGAGGGGGCCCAGAUCCGCAAGAAGCUUCUAGACGUGAUCAGUAAGGGCUCCUCGGAUGACGAGGCUCUCAAAGAAUGGCUCAAUGAGGCUGCGGCCAACGGAAGGAAGCCACAGAAUGUUCGGUUGCGUCGCGCCCGAGUCCGAAGAAAUAUUCCAGACCACUUUCUGGACUGGCCAUCUGCACAAGGUGGUGCAGCAAGGAAUGACCCCCAAGGACGUGGACCUGGUGCUCAUUCAACAUCUUCAUCUGCGGCGGGCCCAGGUCAUCAAGCACAAGAACAAGCCAAUAUUAACACUGGAGACUCGAGCUCGACGACCGCAGUUGCUGGAAGUGACGAAAUAAUAAGUGGAACUCCUUUUAGCACUUCUAAUACCGCUAGUAGUUGUAAUAAAUUGGCUGGACAGGAGGAGGGGCAGAACACCGCAUCUUCUUCCAUUGAAGAGCAGUGCCUUUCGUCGUCUUGCUUUCGCAGGACACGGAGUUGGGCAGAUGCUCGAUCAGCGCAAGAUACGCCUCUCUUCGAUGGUGGAGCUGCUGCGAAUACCGCUGGUGUGGAGGGCAAUGGCACUGAGGUAGGUGGGGCGAUGGCAGGCGACGAAGCUGUCGGCUCGGAGAAUGAAAUAAUUUCCUCCUCCACGUCUGAAACCAGACGAAAUGAGAGCGCCCCAAGUGGCUGCGGGAGUGAGGGCCAGGAGCAACUGACAUCAAACGACACAGGCAAAGCUCCAUUUCCACCUGGGAGAAUGUCGCCUGCUGGAUCCGUGUACUCAUCGUCCGACCUUUCCCGGUGUGAAUCAGACGGGUCGUUUGAGGACUUUGUGUAUGAUGCCGGUCACUCGUCGUGCUGGUUGAACGAAGGUAGCCAGUUAGAUUCCAUGUGCUUCGGAGUCGACUUGAGUACGCGCACGCCGAAUACAAGAGACGAUCCAUUUAUAGCAGGAUCAUCGUCCUCUUCGCAAGGCGGCGGAGGCUCUUUGGAUUUUCCAAGUUCCUUGCAAGAGGGUUCCGAAGCCUUUCCGGGUUCUCUACAAGAGCAAGGUUCUGAAGCCUUUCCAGGCUCGUUGCACGACUUUCCCGGAUCCGUGCAAGACGGCCUGGAGGCUUUCCCGAGCUCAUACGAGGAUUUCCCAGGCUCAUAUGCCUCUGAGCUUCAUUCCGCGCACGACCAUCCAGACAAUGCUGCAGCGCGGGGUACUGGUGUGGAAGCCAGCUCCACCAGCACCGGAAUCGGAAAGACAGGCCAAGGAGCAGGAACAAACAGUGGAUCAUACCUCGAGGAUUUUCCCAAGAUGGAAAACGUGGAGAUUGCUGCACCUGCUUUGAAUACUACAGAUGAUCAUGCAGCAAUGCCACAGCUGCCGAAUUUGCAUUCUGGGGACGUCGAUGACAUGGACUCCCUUUCCGGUGGUGAGGAAGAGGCUUUCCCUAGGCUUUCUGAAGACUGCUCUCCUCGUAGUCCUGGAAACAACAUAACCGGUGGACAGGAGACACUCGGAAAUGCAGUCGCUGCGAACUCCUUGUCACAACGUGGAGGAAACGGAGGUAUGUCUAUUUUGUCACUUCAGCUCUGUCGUCAUAAAGUAGUAGGUAGACUCUUCUCAUUUCUUCAGUAUUCAUUGUAGUUUCUUUCACUCUCGAAGGUCGACCACGAGGCCACGUCCUCAGCUUGGCUCUAUCAAGUUCAUUUUGCACGACUCAUUUGGUCCAUGUAGGUCUACCUUGUCCUCGUAUAUAUAACUUAUCCACGCGAUUUCGUCGUAUUAGGAAUAAAAUGAUCGAUUGUUUCCAACAUGAUUCUUCUAGGUUCUUCGAGCGACGAAUCCACAUCCCUAUCCUCAAGGGAUUCGCUUCAUGCCCUUUGGUCAAACGUGCACAUUGGAAGCGCCUUCAUUGGAAGUAUGGCGAGUGGUGCCGCGAACAAAGCCGCGAAGAUGAUUUUUCCGAGUCGCCGAGAUACAGCCGGCGCAGAUGAUGCGUCGACUGCAAUGAGCGGCAUGCGCAUCGACCGCAGUGGACGGGGUUCGAUUUCGGACGACUCUGACCGUCUUUCCGAUUCCUCGUCAGUGCCUGACUACUUAACUUCAGCUGCUAACCAGCCUCUUUUCCAGGGCGAUGGCGGCUGGGGUCUUUCGGGCUGGAGCCCGAAAUUAUCUCCCGGAGCAGCACAUGGAAACACGAUCGAUCAUGAAACUACAGGAUAUUUUUCACCUCACAACCACUCGUUUCAACCGGAAAACGGCGAUUGGCCACGACUAGUGAUGGUACCCCGCGAGCCCAUAAUCGAUCCCGAAGCGUUUCUAGCGAAACUGGGGAUUUCCAUUUCCCUACACUAA